UAAUUGAAAGAUCGACUACAACUGAAUCUGACGACUCUUUCCUAUCCUACCCACGAAAUUACCCAAUCUCAAUGUCAAAUAUAUUUCCAUGAAACGGCAACAAUGGAAAUGGUUGCUCCUGCUUGUAAUAAGCACCCCGUUAUCUUGAUCUUAACAGCCAUGAUUUUGAAGCAGUGGACGCAUUCAGCAGUGACAGUUGCUCAGCAAAUAGUCGUAUCAACUCCUGAACAUCUAUCCGUCAAAGAAGGAGAGACAGUGACAUUGACUUGCAGUUACCAGCCUAAGACGGAUGAACUGUAUUUUGGCUCUCUCUCAUGGCAAAGAGCUUCGAGUGUGCUAGCAUCGUACAGUUGUCCUAAUUCUUGCAGCAGAACAAACCAAGAUCCAGACCAAUAUUCUUUGGAGGUUGAUUUAAUUUCAAGCGGCAAUUUGACAAUUAGAGAUGUCUCUUUGAAGGAUGAUAGUGUGUAUGAGUGUAAAGCGAACACUUUCUAUGGGAUUGCUGGGAGUAGAUCCCGCCUCACUGUAAAUGUUCCACCUGUAAGCAUAGAACUCUCGGACACAAUGACAUCUGUUGGCCACGGACAAGGCGUUGUCGUGCCCGUCCUGUCUGGCCAAACGCACACCUUCACCUGCACAACUCAACCCGGUGCCAACCCUCCUGCAGACAUCGAGUGGACGUCCACCACCGCUCGUAUCACCCAGGAUGAUACGGUUGACCAGCCAGUGACCGGUAGUAAGCUGACGAUGUCCAGUAGAGAGGUGACCUUGAUUCCAUCGAUUUCUGACCAUCUGACAGCAGUUACGUGCGAAGCGACACAUCCUGCUCUCGUGACACCGUUGACCAAAUUCAUUCAGCUUGAUGUACAAGGUAGGCCUGAAACUAGCCCCAACCCUCCUACACACACACCCUCACACACCUAUAUAUACAUCCACGUGCACACCCACACCCUUACUCACACAAAUAAUGAACCAUAG